AUGUGGAAGAGAAAAUUUAUAAAUGUCGUGUCAUGCAUUAGUAAGAAUAGGAGUAAUUUGUUUGGAUGUCGCUCAAAAUAUAGUACUUCGAGUUUACCUCAAGAAAUAAUAAAUCAGCCUAUAACAAGAGUAAGCGAAUUAUCUAAUAAAUUAAAAGUAGCAACUGUGCAUACAAAUUGUGAAAUUCCUACGAUUGGUUUAUGGAUUAGUAGUGGUAGUAAAUAUGAGAAUAGACAAAAUAAUGGUGUUGCUCAUUUUUUAGAACAUAUGAUAUUUAAAGGUACUAAAAAAAGGAAUCGAAUUCAAUUAGAAAAAGAAAUUGAAAAUAUGGGAGCACAUUUAAAUGCUUAUACUGCUAGAGAACAAACAGGAUAUUAUUGUAAAUGUUUUAAAACUGAUAUUAAAUGGUGUAUAGAAUUAUUGAGUGAUAUACUUAGUAAUAGUAUUUUUGAUGAUAAUUUAAUAGAAUUAGAAAAGCAUGUAAUAUUAAGAGAAAUGGAAGAAGUAGAAAAAUGUAAAGAUGAAGUUAUAUUUGAUAAAUUACAUAUGACUGCUUUUAGAGACCAUCCAUUAGGAUAUACAAUUUUAGGACCUGAAGAAAAUAUUAAAAAUAUGAAAAGAAAAGAUAUUAUAAAUUAUAUAGAAAAGAAUUAUACAUCAGAUAGAAUGGUUUUAUGUGCAGUUGGUGAUGUAAAACAUGAAGAAAUUGUUAAAUUAGCUGAACAAAAUUUUAAUCAUUUAAAAACACAAGAACAAAAAAAUAAUUCAAUUUUUAAUAAUUUAAAUGAAAAACCAUUUUUUUGUGGUUCUGAAAUUAUUAUUAGAGAUGAUGAUUCAGGUCCAAAUGCACAUGUUGCAGUUGCUUUUGAAGGAGUUCCUUGGAAUUCUCCAGAUUCUAUAACAUUUAUGUUAAUGCAAUGUAUUAUUGGAACUUAUAAAAAAAAUGAAGAAGGAGUGUUACCUGGAAAAUUAUCUGCUAAUCGAACUGUUAAUAAUAUUUGUAAUAAAAUGACUGUAGGAUGUGCUGACUAUUUUACAUCUUUUAAUACUUGUUAUAAUCAUACUGGUCUUUUUGGAUUCUAUGUUCAAUGUGAUGAAAUAGCUGUAGAACAUGCAUUAGGUGAACUCAUGUUUGGUGUCACCUCACUAAGUUAUAGUAUUACUGAUGAAGAAGUGGAACUAGCCAAAAUUCAUUUAAAAACACAACUUAUUAGCAUGUUUGAAUCCUCUUCUACAUUAGCAGAAGAAGUUUCAAGACAACUACUCGUAUAUGGACGAAAAAUUUCAUUAGCUGAAUUUAUAUUAAGAUUAAAUGAAAUAGAUACAGAAGAAGUUAAAAGAGUUGCAUGGAAAUAUUUGCAUGAUAGAGAUAUAGCCGUAGCAGCUAUUGGUGCUUUACAUGGCAUGCCCCAAUACAUUGAUCUUAGACAAAAGACUUAUUGGCUCAGAUAUUAA